AUGGAAGAUUUCGUCCUGAUUGUUGUUUUCUUGUAUAAAAAUGUUAAUAUCAAUAGUGAUAAAGGACGUCUAUGUUUACAAGAUUUUAUUAUUUAUGUUGGUGAAUAUGAGAAAUCUAACCGUUUGAUAAUUGAUUCAAUCGGACAAUUAUUGCACUAUUUACAUAUACUAUUAGAUAAACAAAAUCGUAAAACGAUUUAUGGUUUUUUAAUUAAUAAUAAACAAAUGAUAUUUUUUUAUGUUGAAAAAGGAGAUAAACCAUAUUCAUAUGAUUACUAUCAAAGUGAAAAUUUAGAUCUGUUUAUGAAUUAUCCUGAAAGAUUAUCAUCUGUUGAUAUGUCAUUAACAAAUGAACAAUGGAGAAAGAAAUAUUUAAAUGAAGUUACUUGGAAAAUAUUUACAAAUUUUUUAACAAUGAAUGAAAACUUUUUUGAAUAUAGGAUGUUAAGUAUAGAUCAUCGUGAUGAUUUACUUGGUAAUAAAUAUGAAAUAAUACAAAAAUUGGGCUAUGGUUUAACUUCAAUGGUUUAUGUAUUAAGAAAUAAUGAAAAUAAUUCUUUAAAUGAUGAUAUAGAACUACAUGUUAUGGAAAUAUCUAAAAGUCGCUUGCUUGCAGAAUAUUUUUAA